AUGGCGACCCUGCAGUUUCCUCUAGAUCUGUCGAAGCUAGGUGAAGACGAUGAGUUCGCUAGUCUCGACGCGGACUCCAGCGUCGCGCCGCCUCUCGACAGCAUAUCUCGCCGUAUCGCACAUAUCACACAGUUCAUUUCACCUCGCGGAGCCUCUUCCAAUGGUCCUCCCGAGAACAUACACGCGCCUUUCGUCUUCCGGGCAAAGCCAGACAGCCAGUGGGAUGGCAAGGACUCGGUCAUCUGCAAGGCUGGCUAUGGAAGGAAAUGCGCCGAGAAGCUCAAGAAGGAGGCGCGGAUCUAUAGCGGGAAGCUCUCUAGCCUGCAAGGUAUAUGCGUUCCGCGGCUCUAUGGCUCCUACUCUGGCCUCACUGAAGACGGUCGGCUCGCUGUGCUUGUUAUGGAGGACUGCGGUGAGCCGCUGACGAGACCGUUGGAGAGGCUUCCGCGCCGCGCGAAAAAACUGAUGCUCGAGUGCCUUGUCGAGCUCCAUAAAGCUGGUAUAGAGCAUGGCGGCACCAGGGAUCGAAGGAACAUCGUCAUACGUCCCUCAAAGACCGACGUUUGCGAGCUCAGAUUCGUCGGAUUUGGCGGUGCAAACCAUAGCCACGCGUGCGACGCGAGCUCCGAGUUCCUCAAUGAUGUUACUAGGCCUGGGCUCGAUCGCGUUGACUGUAAGGAGAUUUACCAGGCAUACAACGAGUCUGAGCUGUGGGAUAAGGAUCACAUCGUUUUCUAUAACAAGGAGGUACCGACUGACCAAGUUACGAAAGCGGAGGAUCUCUGGGAAGUCACCGGAGUGCUCGACGAGCUCAAAGAGCACGGAGGUCUUCGAGACUGGGAAGUGAGGAACGCGGCUCGGGAAGCGUUUAACAAUUAUUGCGAUUGGCGUCGGGAUGUUGAGGCCAGCGUUUAUGCGCUGUUUCUAGUUAGCCAUUGUGGGAUUCUCCUUCCUGGCUACAAAUAA